AGUGCUUUUGGGUCAUAUCGCGAGAACACGUCAGGGCGCUACAGCGCUGAGCAACAUGGCUGAAGAGGAGGUGGCCAAGCUGCAGAAGCACCUGGCCCUGCUCAGGCAGGAGUAUGUGAAGAUGCAGCAGAAGCUGGCUGACACAGAGAGGUGCUGUGCCAUGCUGGCUGCACAGUCUCCCAGUCAGGGCGCCACCAGCACUUCAGCUGCAGACACUUUUAUCAGCCGCCUGCUGGACAUCGUGGGCGACCUCUAUCAGCAGCAGAAUUACAGUGAUUUGAAAGUGAAAGUUGCAGGAGAGACGCUCAGCGCCCAUAAGUUUGUGUUGGCUGCUCGCAGUGAUGUCUGGAGUCUGGCUAACCUGGCCUCCACCUCUGAGCUGGACCUGUCUGAUUGCAAACGUGAGGUUGCCAUGGCGAUGCUGCGGUGGGUAUAUACCGAUGACCUGGAACUCAGUGAGGACGACGCCUUUCUUAUUGACUUAAUGAAGCUUGCUAACCGUUUCCAGCUUCAUACGCUCAGAGAGAGGUGUGAAAAAGGCGUCAUGUCCUCGGUGAAUGUCAGGAACUGUAUUCGCUUUUACCAGACUGCAGAGGAGUUAAACGCUGCCACCCUGAUGAACUACUGUGGUGAGAUCAUAGCCAGUCACUGGGAUGAUCUGAGGAAAGAAGAUUUCAGCACCAUGAGUGCCCAACUUCUGUACAAGAUGAUCAAGUCUAAAACAGAAUAUCCUCUCCAUAAAGCCAUUAAAGUUGAGCGAGAAGAUGUGGUCUUCCUCUAUCUCAUUGAGAUGGACUCACAGCUGCCUGGAAAGCUAAAUGAACUGGACAACAAUGGUGACCUGGCACUGGACCUGGCACUCUCUCAUAAAUUAGAGAGCAUUGCCACCACUCUUGUUAACAGCAAAGCUGAUGUUGAUAUGGUGGACCAGAGCGGCUGGAGCCUCCUACACAAGGCCAUCCAAAGAGGUGAUGAAUUUGCCGCCAUCUUCCUGAUCCGUCACUCAGCCCAGGUGAAUGCGGCCACAGUGGGGGCGGUAGAGACGCCCCUUCACCUAGUCUGUUCUUUCAACCCUAAGAAACACUCAGCAGAGGUGAUGAGCGGCAUGGCACAAAUUGCAGAGGCUCUCCUCAAAACCGGAGCCAACCCCAACAUGCAGAACAGCAAGGGCAGAACUCCUUUGCAUGAAGCUGUGGCCUCAGGUAAUGAGCCAGUAUUCAGCCAGCUACUACAGUGCAAACAUCUUGACCUGGAACUGAAGGACCAUGAAGGCAGCACCGCUCUGUGGUUGGCUCUGCAGUAUAUCACAGUGACUUCAGACCCGUCUGUAAAUCCAUUUGAGGAUGAUGCACCCGUGGUGAACGGGACCUCCUUUGAUGAGAACAGUUUUGCUGCACAACUCAUCCACAGAGGGAGCAACCCAGAUGCACCUGACAUUUCCACAGGAAACUGUCUCAUGCAGCGAGCAGCGAGGGCAGGCAAUGAGGCAGCUGCACUUUUCUUAGCAACUCAUGGGGCAAAGGUCAACCAUGUUAACAAAUGGGGUGAGAGCCCACUUCACACAGCGUGUCGCUGUGGCCUGGCUAGCCUGACAGCCGAGCUGCUUCAGCAGGGGGCCAAUCCCAAUCUACAGACACAGAAAGCCCUACCAGAUGACACCCAUGGGGUAGCUAUGCAGAGCCCCCUCCACAUGGCUAUUGUUCACAACCACCCAGAUGUUGUAUCGGUCAUCCUUGAACACAAAGCAAAUGCACUACAUGCUACCAACAACUUCCAGAUUAUUCCAGACUUCAGCCUUAAAGACUCGAUGGAUCAGACUGUGCUGGGCUUGGCCCUCUGGACAGGUAUGCACACCAUAGCAGCUCAGCUACUGGGCUCAGGAGCUUCUAUCAAUGACACUAUGUCCAAUGGACAAACCCUGCUUCACAUGGCUAUUCAAAGACAGGACAGCAAGAGCGCCCUCUUCCUUCUGGAGCAUCAGGCAGACAUCAGCGUUCGGACUCAGGAGGGACAAACAGCACUACAGUUAGCCAUCAGUAAUGAGCUGCCCCUCGUGGUGGAUGCCAUCUGUACACGAGGUGCUGAUAUGUCUGUAAUGGAUGAUAAAGGAGACACGCCACUGUGGCUGGCACUGGAGAAUGGACUGGAAGAUAUUGCGUCCACGUUGGUUCGCCAUGGUUGUGAUGCAACUUGUUGGAGCUCAGGCCCCUCUGGCUGCCAGCAGACCCUCCUGCACCGAGCUGUUGAUGAGAAUAACGAGGUCUCGGCUUGUUUCCUCAUUCGCAGUGGCUGUGAUGUGAACAGCCCCAGGCGACCCGGUCCUAAUGGUGAAGGAGACGAAGAAGCGCGAGAUGGACAAACGCCCCUCCACUUAGCAAGCAGCUGGGGAUUGGAGGAGGUGGUACAGUGCCUUCUGGAGUUUGGAGCUAACGUUAAUGCACAGGAUGCAGAGGGUAGAGCUCCUAUCCAUGCUGCCAUCAGCAGCCAGCACAAUGUCAUUAUACAGCUGCUCAUUUCCCACCCAGACAUUUGCCUCAACAUUCGAGACCGGCAGGGCAUGACCCCCUUUGCCUGUGCUAUGACACACAAGAACAAUAAGGCAGCUGAGGCAAUACUGAAGAGGGAACCAGGCGCUGCUGAGCAGGUGGACAAUAAAGGACGAAACUUUCUCCACGUGGCUGUGCAAAAUUCAGAUAUUGAAAGUGUCCUCUUCCUCAUCAGCGUCCAAGCAAAUGUCAACUCCAGGGUUCAGGAUGCAGCCAGACUCACGCCCCUGCACCUGGCCGUGCAGGCUGGCUCUGAGAUUAUUGUCCGUAACCUGCUGCUUGCUGGAGCAAAAGUGAACGAGCUGACCAAACACAGGCAGACAGCCCUACAUUUGGCUGCCCAGCAGGACUUGGCCACCAUUUGCUCUGUGCUGCUGGAAAAUGGAGUAGACUUUGCUGCCGAGGAUGAGAACGGCAAUAAUGCUCUGCAUCUGGCUGUGAUGCAGGGUCGCCUUAACAAUGUCCGAGCCCUUCUCACGGAAUCCAACAUCGAUGCAGAGGCCUUCAAUCUCAGGGGUCAGUCACCAAUGCAUGUCCUCGGCCAUUAUGGAAAAGAGAACGCUGCUGCCAUUUUUGAGUUGUUCCUAGAGUGUAUGCCUGAAUAUCCCCUGGACAAGCCAGAUAAUGAAGGGAAUACAGUUCUGCUCCUGGCUUACAUGAAAGGAAACGCUAACCUGUGCCGUGCCAUUGUGAGGGCUGGGGCUCGACUGGGCAUCACUAAUAAUCAGGGCAUCAACAUUUUCAACUACCAAGUUGCCACCAAACAGUUGCUGUUCCGCCUUCUAGAUAUGUUGUCCAAAGAGCCCCCAUGGUGUGAUGGGUCCAACUGCUAUGAAUGUGCUGCCAAGUUUGGCGUUACAACACGGAAACAUCACUGCCGACACUGUGGGCGCCUGCUGUGCCACAAGUGCUCUAUAAAGGAGAUACCAAUCAUCAAGUUUGACUUGAACAAGCCAGUGCGGGUGUGUGACAUCUGCUUUGACGUACUGACUCUGGGUGGGGUGUCAUAAUGCCGUGACACGGCAAGCCUCCACUCUCUGAUACUGGCCCAUACCAGGUCCACCUUGGCACAGUUAUUUAGGCACCAGGAGAACAGACAUCAGUCAGCAGGACAUACAAGUGAUUCCUUCACAGUUAUGCACCAGGCAUCUAAAAUUGAAAGUGAAACCUUGUCUUUUCUUUGUGGUUGUUUGUUUUGAUCAAAGUAUCUUCAAAGUGGGGUUUUGCAGUUCUCCAGCUCAGUGAUUUUGGGGAGGGGAGAGUUUGCUCUUGAACAAAUGUUAGUAAAUCAAGAAAGUAGCUGCUGAUGCAGCAGUAAAUAUUCAAAACCAUCAUGCUACCAAAUGAGCACUUGCGUUCAAAUAUGAGAUUACUACAAACAAAGAGCAACAAAAGUCUGAAUGUAAAAGGGCACUUGUUUACUGGAUCUUGAAGAACUGAGCUACCAGUGUCUCAUGAAACCUCUGUUUUGUUGAACAUUGACAGAUGUCAUCUAAUCCAUGUUAUUCCCAAUUACAAUUAUAGCAUUAAUGUGUAUUACUUUACAGUUACAGGUAAAAUAUACACUUAUUCAAGUUGUUACUUUUUUUUUUUUUAAGGGGGGGGGGGGGGUGACAAACUUACAGGAUUAUCUUUUUUCCUACAGUUCAUACGUAGUGAAUCUUUUACAGGUGUUGGUUACUUACUGCAGUACAAAUACCAAGUUUCUAACUUGGCUGUUAGGGACAAUGUGGCCUGAAUAAACUUACUUUAUCAAAAAUAAAUAAAUAUAUAUCAUAUGUGUAAUAAUCAUCCUCAAAUCAGUUAACAAUAUUCAUCUGCAGUAACAUAGGCCUAUGCAUGUCAUUUAAUUUAGAAGUUUUCAUGUCAUUUUUGUAAGUCGGUCAUUACCACCAAACGAUUACAUUCCAUUUUCUGCCUGUGACGAGGUUGUGAUUGUCAUCCACGCAAUGUUGCCUCGAGUCAGUAGUCUUAAGUCAUCACAUUUGAUACUUCUUUAUUUCUAACAGGUGCACUUUAUCAAGUUCACGUGACAUUUCAGCUUAUUUGGGAGAACGUGGCGUAGAUGGACGGCCAGGUAGCGGGGCGCCUUUAGUAUUGUUAAAUUGUACAGAUAAAUGUGAUAUUUUUUGACCACUACAACUGUUUUGUACUUAAUGCAGUUUGUGCUUGUCAUUGUGACAAACCUAAAUCUCAACUCUUGUUAAAAUCUUUUAUGCACAUUGUUUAAUCUUUUAUGCACAUUGUAUUGUAUCUGUACGCUCAGAUAUGUUGUCUCUUCCUGGUGUAUCCUUUUAGAAA